AUGAAGAUAAAAAGUACACAACAAGAAAAUCCAGCUAUUGGUUUAAAAAUUUCAGAUGUUGAUCGUACAAAUACUUCUUCCAUAAUUUUACCAUGGAUUAUGUCUUCGUAUUCAUAUGUUGUAUUACUAUUAUUGGUGAUUAUUUCAAUCGUCAAUGCUGGUGAAAAAGUUUGUCCUGGCUAUGGAUUUAUUCGACCACCGGAGAAAUGUGAAUCAACAUGUUCAAGAGAAAAAGAUGAAUGUCCAUUAGGUAAAAAAUGUUGUUUCCGCAUUGAACAACCAUGCGGUUUUCAAUGUAUUGUACCGAAAGAUAAUGAACCAAAACCAGGCAAAUGUCCAACAUCUGAAAGCGAACAACAAAGUCCAUAUUGGGGCUUAUGUGAUGGACAUUUUUGUGAUGUUGAUAAUGAUUGCAAAGGUGCUGAAAAAUGUUGUCACAAUCCAUGUGGUUCGCCAAUAUGCGUUGCACCAAAAUAA